GCCCUUCUAGGUUCUGAGGCGUGAGCGUCUGGGUUUGGGCACAGGACAGGUUGCAUUGGUCCUAGGAUGCGAGGGCCAUUUCCUUCCGGGCGGGGGUCAAAUCCUCGGGAAGCCGAGCCAUCUCAUCCAGCCAUUUGCCCCAAACGGGGCGCAGGCCGUGGUCACCUCUCUAGGUGGCUCCGGAGAACCGGCCACGCUGUCCCUGUCGGGUGCACAAAGCGGCCUUCCUCCGGCCCGCUGGGAAGAUUCCAGCCUAUCCACCCGCUUGGGCCUCUGCGGGCGGAAGCCGCGCCAGGCGUGCCGGAUAGAUCAGUGGAGAGCAUUCUUGCCUGACUGCCUGUCCUCCCCACCCGGACCCGGACCCAGACUCAGCGCCGCACAGUCCCCCGGGGGGGCCCGGCGCAGUCACGCGCGCACCACAUUUGCGCUCACAAGCGCGCAAGGCUCUAGCUCUCCGCCCCGCACACCUGCGCUCCGCCCCCUGGUCCCGGACCGGCGACGGGCGAGGGUAUUUGGGAACCAGGGCGGCUGCGGCGCCCCCGAUCUCCUCCCCUUCCCAGGGCCAGAGUUGUCCAGAGCCUGCCGCCGCUCCCAACCAGCCCGCAUCCCUCUCCAUCCUUCCCUCCCCCCGCCUGCCGCGGCACCGGUAUCUGCAGCCGCAGUCCGGAGCCGGUGAGGCGGCGAAGGGGGGAGGGGGAGGAAGCAAGGGAUGAACGCCGGGAGGGCGUCGGGGGCCCUGAGCCGGACUAGGACGCCCCUGGAGCCGGAACCCAAGCCGGAGCCGGAGCCACAACCAAACCACCGGUACCGGUGUCCUUGGGAGGGACGGAAGCGCAGGACAAGCUGGAAAGGGGAACCCCCUGGGCGUCGGGGAAGCGGGACCAGGGUCGUGGAAGAGGGCUUGCGCAGCCUCCGUCUGGCACCCCUGGCCCGGACCAGCACCCCUGGCACGGACAGCUCCUUGGUUGGGUAGGGGGUGGGGCCGGACCUGGGAGGCUUGCUCAUUUCGGAUCUUGAGGACGGCAUUCCUGUCACCCCCAUCCCCCCAUCCCUAGCUGCAGCCCCCUAACCCCAGGAGGCGCCCUGGCCCGCGCUCGCCCCCCAGGGCCUCAUGUCGGAACCACAGCCUGACCUGGAGCCGCCCCAACAUGGGCUGUACAUGCUCUUCCUGCUUGUGCUGGUCUUCUUCCUUAUGGGCCUCGUAGGCUUCAUGAUCUGCCACGUGCUCAAGAAGAAGGGGUACCGAUGCCGCACCUCGAGGGGCUCGGAGCCUGACGACGCCCAGCUCCAGCCCCCUGAGGACGAUGACAUGAAUGAGGACACAGUAGAGAGGAUUGUUCGCUGCAUCAUCCAAAAUGAAGCCAAUGCUGAGGCCUUGAAGGAGAUGCUGGGGGAUAGUGAAGGAGAAGGGACAGUGCAGCUGUCCAGCGUGGAUGCCAGCUCCAGCCUGACGGAUGGAGCCCCCUCCCAUCAUCACACAGUGCACCUGGGCUCUUCAGCCCCUUGCAUCCAUUGCAGCCGCAACAAGAGGCCUCCACUUGUCCGUCAGGGACGCUCCAAGGAAGGAAAGAGCCGCCCCCGGCCUGGGGAAACCACCGUGUUCUCUGUGGGCAGGUUCCGGGUGACACACAUUGAGAAGCGCUACGGGCUACAUGAGCAUCGUGAUGGCUCCCCCACGGACAGGAGCUGGGGGUCUGGUGGGGGGCAGGACCCAGGGGGUGGUCAGGGGUCUGGGGGAGGGCAUGCCAGGGCAGGGAUGCCCGCCAUUGAGAGCCUGCCUCCUGAGAGGCCACAGCCCCCAGCCAUCACCAGUCCACCAGUGCAGAAUGGAGGAUUCAGGGACAGCCUUGUCCCUCGUGCACUUGAGGGGGACCCUGGAGCCUCUGCAGAGCCAACAGUGGGGGCUGGAGGGAGGGGCCCAAGCCCAGGGCUGGCCAGUCAAGAGUCAAAUGGACAGCCAAGCAAACUGGACACCUCAGAUCACCAGGUGUCCCCACCACGGGGAGCAGGGGGUGUGUGAGGUGAGUCUGCCCGGGCCCCAAGUCAGAUAAUUUCAUCCUCCCACCCCCUACUUAAGCUACCUGAGCCCAUUGGCUCCCUGUAUACCCAGGGUAAACUA